CUCUUAUUGUGGAGAAAUUGAUGUGGCAGCGACAGCUCCAUGAGUUCGGCAGCAUGUCGGAAGCAGACCCGAGAGCCCGGUACCUGUACCGGCUGCCCCCCUCCGUCCUCUGGGAGUUCUGCCGGGUCAUGGAUGGACUGUCGGACCUGGACUGGACCCGCUUCGCCUCACAGGUCCUCGGUGAUCAGACUGCUGUCCGAUUGGCUGAGAGGAGGAGGAGGCGGACUGACUGGGUGAUGAACCAAUGGGAGAACAGGAAUGGGAGAGUUGGAGAGCUGAUCGACCUAUUAGACAGUCUGCAGCUGCAGCGCCCCCGUGAUGUCAUCUUGAUCUGUGAGUUCACCUCUAAUGACCUCUGUGUCACCAGUGUCCCCAACUUCCCCAGCAUCCCGAGUGUCCCCAUCGUCCCCACCAUCCUCAGGAUCCCCAGUGUCCCCAGUGUCCCCAUUGUCCCCAGCGUCCAGAGCGACCCCAGUGACCCCAUCCCCAGUGUCCCCAGCAUCCCCAGUGUCCCCAGCGUCCAGAGCAUCCCCAGUGAGCCCAGCAUCCAGACCGUCCCCAGUGUCCCCAGCGUGCCCAGUGUCCAAAGCAUCCUUAGUGACCCCAGUGACCCCAGCGUCCAGAACGUCCCCAGCGUCCCAGCGUCCAGAACGUCCCCAGCGUCCCCAGCGUCCAGAACGUCCCCAGUGUCCCCAGCGUCCCCAGUGUCCAGAACGUCCCCAGUGACCCCAGCGUCCAGAACGUCCCCAGUAACCCCAGCAUCCCCAGCGGGUCUCCAGUCUGAAUCCUCUCCCUCCUCCUCCUCCCCCCUUCUCUCCUCCCCUGCCCCUUCUUCCCCCCUCUCCUCCCCGCCCCUCUCGCCUCCUCCCUCACCUAAAAAAGAUGAACCACACAGUAACAUACAGCCCCACCCCAGUGGUGCAGUGAUGUGCUGGUCAUAUGAAGAGGUGCAUGCUGGGACAGAGGGGUUCUCCGCCUCUCUGCAAGUGGGAGGGGGGUUCGGCGCCGUGUACCGAGCAUCGCUGUCCAACACCGUCUGCGCUGUUAAGAGGCUGAAACAGGUGAGCCAAUCACAGACCGGCAGGCUGGACUGGACGGUGCUGAUGAAGAGCUUCCAGACAGAGGUGGAGAAACUGUCGAAGUUCAGACAUCCAAACAUCGUGGAUCUGUUGGGUUUCAGUGAAGGAGGAGGAUCGAUGUGUCUGAUCUACAGCUACAUGGAGAACCAAUCACUGGAGGACCGACUACACAAUGAUUCUGAGUUCCUGUCAUGGUCUCAGAGGAUGAACAUCGUUCAUGGAGCCUCAGCAGCUCUGCAGUUCCUUCUUCCCCCUAGAGGACAAACACCACUGAUCCACGGAGACGUCAAGAGCUCCAACAUCCUGCUUGACCGUCACCUGGCAGCGAAGCUUUGAUUUGGUCUGGCUCAGUUUGUGUCUCGGAGCUCUUCGGGUCGCCCGGGGGAUCAGACGGGGGCUCAGACAAAAUCCCUCGAAACGGCGACGGUGAGAGGAACGCUGGCUUAUCUACCGGAUGAAUACGUGAGGAACGGACAGCUGGGGACAGCGGUGGACGUCUACAGCUUUGGAGUGGUGCUGCUGGAGGUGCUGACCGGACGCCGAGCGCUGCACAAAGACAUGAGGUCCGGAGAGAGAUACCUGAAGGACCUGGUGGAGGAGCUGGAGGACGGUCCAUGUGGCUCAUCUGAAGCAGCGUGGAGGAAGCAGCUGGAUGAGCGGCUGAUGGCAGGGGGCGCUUGUGAGCCGGCCGGCUGCCUGCAGGUCGCUGCUUUGGCCUGCAGAUGUUUGGACAAGAACAAGAGGAGGAGACCAGCCAUGACCAAGGUGUUUCACAGACUGGAGGACGUCCAGACCUUCAUGUGGAGAACCAGCUCCUCCUCCUCCUCCUCUGCUCCUUCAGUCCCCAGACCUCCUCUCAGUCUGGACUCCAGUGUAGGAGCUCUGUCCCAGCAGCUGUCCUCACUGGGACCACUGGAGGACAGCUACCCGUCCUCCCUGUCCUCCCUGUCCUCCCUGUCCUCCCUGUCCUCCCAGUCCUCCCAGUCCUCCCAGUCCUCCUCGUCUCUCUGCUCCCUCCCUCCUCCUCACCCACUCCACUCCUCCUCCUCCCUCCCCCCUCUGUCCUCCUCGUCCUUCCUGGGUCCGUGUGAGACGGAUGAGAGUCGAGGUUUCUCCCAGUACCACCUCAGCCCCCAGUCCAACGGGACCAGCAGCAGAGACCAGAACCACCCAUCUGUCCCCACCGAGGACCAGUACAACUUCCCCCCACAGCCCAGCACCGACGGCGUCCUCUCAGGAGGAACCUCAUCAGGAGGAACCUCAUCAGGAACCCCAGCAGGGUUCUCUCCUGCCGGGUCCCUGCAGUCCAUGUGUCCGGGGCCCUCAGUCCACAUGAAUCCCAGGAAUCAACGGCUGCUGGAGAAGAAAACUGAAGAGGGAAGGAUCCAGACUCCAGAGCUGCUGUCUGAUGAUCUCUACGGAGCAGCCGGUUCUGACUUCAGAGGACCGGAGGAGAGCGAUGAGCUGGAAUAUCUUCCUGCCAAACACGACUGACUUGAUCUGCACCUGGACCAGAGAUGAACAUUUCUGAUGCAGAGAUGAGAACGAUCUCAGAAGCAGCUGUGUCCUGUUUCCAGAGUUCAGAAAACCAACAUCCAGAGCUUUAUUGGUCACAUCAUGGGCAGUAAAAUGCAGAGCGACGUCCACAGAGCUGCAACCCAGCAGGAGAAAAAAAACAUUCCUGAAACACAAUACAACCAAACUCUAUUGAUCCUUUUACUGUUAUACAAUCAAACCAACUGGACUGAAAACUGUCAGAAAACAUCUAUUUAUUCGUCACACCUACUCAGUCUGAAGGUUCUGUAUUAUGAAAUGCUGAAAUAAUAAAUCUGUCACGUUUUAUUUGGAACCACUGAAUGUGGUUUUAAAACUAGAAAUAACAGAAUCAGUGAAAACAUGCUCAUACUUCAUUUAUGGAUAAAUCAGUUUUUACAGUUACAAUCCAUGGUUUGUUCAUGUUUUCUGGUUUUAAUAAAUCAGUUAUUUAAGA